CGACGUCUCACAGUGCCAGCAGGACUGGCGGUGUGAGCGUGUGGUGGAUGUAAUGAGCGAAACAGUGCCGCAGGAUGGAGCACCGCCCGGGACACCCAUGGAGGCCCACGACGAGUACGCCCACGACCACGCCCACCAGUACCUCGAUUCCGAUUCCCAGCCGCAGUCCGAGGACCGAGGCUCCCGGGAGCUGCUUCCCGCGGGCGACGGCGACGGCGGCCACAGCACGACCGACGACGACGACGGGAGAAAGAUGUCGCAGGACUCCCUCAUCUCAGCGAGCCCUCGGGGGUCGCCGCUGCUGCGCCCCUCGCGGCGGCGCGGCUACCAGGACUCCGACUCGUGCCCCAGCGUGUCGCCCAGCCCCGACCCGGACUCGCGCCUCCAGACCUUCGACUUCAGCAUGAUCGAGGUGCCCGACGAGGGCGACGGCAUCUCGGCGGCGCUACAGACGGAGAGGGAAUUCCUGGACUUCAUGCUGUCGCUCCCACAGGUGCAGAAGGAGGGUCCGGGGCGGCCGCAGCAGGUCCAGAAGGAGGCAGGAGGCCAGCCUCCUCAGGAUAUGUCGCCGCCGCCCCGGAGCGAACACCGCAGCCCCACGCGCGCCCCCGCCUCCGUGGGCGGCGUCGUGGGCACCAAGGUGGGCCUGGAUCACCUGGACAACCUCUGCCGCAUGAUGGAGCAGCUGGGGGAGCUUCGCGAGCAGAACACGCGCCUGCAGAGGAGAGUGCAUUACCUGGAGGAGCUGCAGACGUUGCAGGAGAUGCACCGCCACCUGCAGGAAACCCUGGAGGCCCGCCGCUCCGGCCUCGGACUCGGCCCCAUUCACCUAUCGGAUUCCGACAUCCACCUGGACGAGGAUGUGGAAGGCGGCGGCGGAGAGCUGUCCCGCCACGGCUCGGAGGACAGCCUGCUCCUGCUCGGCCACCGCCCGCAGCACAAAGAUCAGUUCCUCGAGCUUCCAGAGUCCCCGGUGAGACGCCACUCGAGCUCGGAGGAGGAGAGACGGGUGGCCACUCUCGAGAGGGACGACCGAGGACGACCACACGACAAGGAGAAGAAGGGGCAUCGCUCAGCAUGGGGAAAGGUCAAGAAUAUAAUACCUGCGCCCUCUCAGGUCAAGAGCAUGAUAAGCACACGUCGAGACAGCGUCAGGAAGAAGUCCUCCUCGGCUGGACAUCGGAAGUCUACCACGGAACGGCCGGACGUCUCUGCGGGCGUCGCCGUCGAAGUCUCUGCCGCGUCCGAUCCAGAGGAUUACGAGGUCGACUACGAGGGUCUGGUAGGGGAGGCCGUCGACCCAGGGGGCGCCGUCGGGCUGUGUCUCGAAGGGAACGAGGGGGAGUGGGAGACCGGGGGGGUUUGGGUGGGCCCGAGAGAGGAAGAGAGCCCCGCCAGCACCAGCAGCUUGGGCGCCAGGAGGGCCAAGCCGCAGCUCACCAUCACCGUCCCCUCCAGCGAGAACCUCAGCCUCCUUCAGGAAGCGGGUGACAGGGCGCGGCAACCACACAGAUCACCCGAGACGCGACACAGAAAAUGUUCACCUGCGCAGCUUGCUUAG